UUAGUCAAAAAUGUAUCUCGUCAAUUCGGUGGCACUUUGGUGGACAAUUACGAUUAUUGUUGCUGGAAUCGGAAGCUUUUGUGCAAAUAGUUUUAAAUUAAGUGAACUCGUUAAAAGGAUUUAUGACGAAAGUGAUUCGUCAAUGGUGUGUUUUAUUGGAGUUGACGAUUACAUUAAUGAUUAUGAGGAUUUUAUCGCUUUUUUUAUGAGAAAAUAUUCUGAAAUACCUGUGUCAAUUUUGACGACCUCACUUAGCGAUGAUGGUGAUGAUGAUAAGGAGGGUUUAUUUUCAAAUAAUGCAGUUGUCGUUAUCAGGACUCCCAGGAAGGAUUUUCGAUUUUUUCUUAUUUUAGAUUCAAUUGUUGAGCGCCUUCGUGUUCGGAAGUUUGUGAUUAUUUUUACACUUGCUUUGGAAGAUUUGAAAGGUUGGUUCGUGUACUUUUGGGAGAAGAGAUUUACAAGAAUCUUUGGAAUUGCUGACGAUAUAUGCUAUGCCUAUCUUCCAUUUGCCUCCAAUCAAGUCCAACAAAUCGGCUUACAAAAUAAAAAUGAUACGAUUCCUGACGCUUUAAAGGACCUUAAUGGACUGAUAUUUCGAACGUCUCUGCAGCGAGAUAUUCCUCGAGCUUUUCCAUACCCAGACAAGAAGGGAAAGCGCUCUGUGGGCGGGAGUUAUGGCCAAGUUUUUGUCAACUUUCUGCGAAAACACAAUGCAACCUAUGAGGAAAUCAUUAUCAAUAACUCAACAAGGCUAUCAAUUCCGGGCGUGAUUAAUGCAACAAUUAGUAAUGAAAUUGACAUAAGUAUGAAUGUGUUCACCCCCACACCAGGUCUUGACUACAGUUACCCUGUGAAAUUUGUCAGCUGGAAUAUCUUGGUGCCUCUUAAUGGCUACGUCGAUCCCAAUGAAUACUUCAUCAAACCGUUUUCCGUAUUAGUAUGGAUAAUGAUUGGAGUUAGUUUUGCUUAUAUUAUACUUAUGGAGGUCCUUAAGGACAGCUAUCUGAAUUUGUCGCCGAAUUUAUGGAAUUCCUUCAGUCAAACAAUGCUGGCGAUGUUAAACCUAUCUCCAGAGAAGCCAAUAACAACACACUACAGUUUUCACGUACAGGUCCUGUUAUUGUCCUUUGUCCUCGGCAAGCUGUACAACAUCUAUGUGACAUCAUUCCUGACCGCUUUCAUCCGUAUCAAACAAUUCGAAACAAUUCAGGAUUUGAUUGACAACAAUGUGAUUGUGAUGAUUCCCUACUACGAAUGGGCUUUAAUAUCAGACAUGGAUCUCCAUCCGGAAGGUUUUGAGCGCAUUGUUGCUUCCGUCGAUUAUGCGACUUACAUAACCGAAAUGAAUUCCAUGCGAAAUACCAGCUAUGCCUAUGGCGUCGGUUCGGAUAGAGGAGAAUUUCUAAUCAGCCUACAGACCUACUUCGCCAAACCUAUUUUCCAUUCGACUCAAGAUGGUUUGGUACAUUUGGGAUUUUUGCUGGCGCCACACUCACCGUUCACAGGAAUUUUAAGUGCAUUUGUAAUUGAAGUUUUUGACACAGGUUUAAUUAUGAAAUGGGAUAGUGAUUGUAUUGUGCAGGCUAUAGCAGCUGGAUUUGAAAUAGGUAAAUCUGGUGAGAAGCCCCCAAAACUACCAAUACCUCUGACUUUUCAUCAUUUGGCUUUUGCGUGGAAUUGUUUGAUGAUUGGGUGGAUUUUUGCAGUGAUGGUUUUUGCAGCCGAACAUUGGAAGUGGUUGAAAAGUGUGUUUUCUAGAAGUGGUGUUAAAUUUGUCUAAAAUCAUUAUCGUAUUGAAUUUUGUAAA